ACAAAUCAUGGCUCCGCCCGCAGCCAAGAAGCGCCGACCAACAGGCCGGCGGCCCGAGAAGGCCGGCAAUGAGACGCCGCCACCGCCAUCGGGCUCGGCGGAAAUGGGCUACGAGAUCGGGCGAGGCCGCACCGACGUCGUGGGCCAUUGGCGCGACCUCACGAGCGACGCCAAGUGCGACCUAAUGGGCUUGGACGACGCCGAGAUCGCCGCUGCCAUGCACCUCGUCGUGCAGCAGUACCCGCAGCUCGACGCUACGCUGCCGUCGUCCGUGGACGCCGCAACGACCGAGAUGGUGCAAGCCAUGUUUCUCCACGCGCUCGAAACGUGCGACGGCAAACUCAUUCUCGAACACGUCUCCAUCGAGACGCUUGGCGUUCUCUUCGCGCUCGAGGGCAAGCUGCUCUAUGCUGUGGUUGGCAAGGACAUGCAUCGCAAGUGCUCGAUCGCCGCUUUGUACCUCGUCUGGACGUCGUCGUGGCCGUAUCUGGGCAUGGGCGCCUACCUCUUGGUGCUCUUCUCCAACCUCGGCCCGUGCACAUGGCUGCGCAACACUUCGUGCGAGUACCUCGACGCAUUCUUUCUGCAAGGCCCCGAUCCUCUGCACGCCGAGUGGUACUUUAACAGCUACCUCACGGCGCUGCUUCUGCUGUACACGUCCCACGAUGCGCAUUUCACCGUCUACAUCAUCUUGGCCAUCGUGCUCGCGUUGCCCUUCGGCGUCUCGGCGCUCCAACAUUCGUAUGCGGACGGCGUCGACGACCACUCGGCGCUCGAGAAGAUCACGGCGGCGCUGUCAUUCUUCAACAAGCUCAUCCUCGUCUACUACUGCUGGAGCUCGUACAGCAGUCUUCUCAUGGUGGCAGCUCUCUUCUUCGACACGGCGGCGUUAUCGCUCGCGUCCAUCUCGUUUCUUGGCGUUGCGGUCGUGGUCGAACUGGCCGGGCGCGGCUUGCUACGCAUCGUGCCGACUGCGUACGUCGAAGCGUACACUUCGUGGAAGGCGCGAAGCCAAUGGCACGCCCUCGGCGCCGGUCUUGUGCCCGUGGCGGUGGCCGGCAUCGUGCUCUAUGGGACGUGGGACUGGACGUCGAUGUUUGGCGGCUUUCUGCGCCUCGUGACGGUCCUCGCGCUCUCGCAAGUGGUGCCAGCCGGGCACCUCGCGACGCUUGCGCAGCUCGCGUUUCUGGCGAUCGCGCUGCCGCUGCAGCUAUUGCAAGUUGUGUUGCUCUGGCUCGGUAUCAAGCCGGCGGCGGCGUCUGGUGCGCCCGACGAAACAACUCCCAACGACGCAAGCAAAGAUGCAGAAACCACAGAACACUGAGGCG